GUGUGUACGUACAGGAUGGCCAUCCACAGGCUUGGUGCUCGCUCUCUGAUCCGUUUUUUGGAAAGAGACGAGAGGGUUGAUGGAGCUGAUAAAGAUGCUCUGAAGGCCAGAGUGGUGGAACUGAGUAAGCAGUGUGGAGUGAGCAGCUCACACACAGCCUUCAUAGCUGUUCAUAAGGGCAACAAACAAGCUGUGAAGGGGCCACUGGUGAAGAGGAGAAUUCCUUCCCCGAUAAUGCUGGGAUGUUCAAUGAGUUUAUGUUCUAAUUUGGCUCCAUCUACAUAUUCCAGAAGGAAAGAUUUUAUGGAUAUAGAGUGUGGAACAAUAUUUUAUGAAAAGGGUUUAAACAGAAAAGCUGCCGCUAGGAAUUCGGCUCCAUCUAAAAGUAAGUUCAGUUUUUCUACAAAGUUGAAAGGAUUUUUUAGCUCUUCGAAAAGGGAAAAUGUUUAUCCUACAGUUGUCAGAGGGUCCCCAGGCUGUUUUGAAACACAAACUUACAAUUCUAUAGGUUGCAGACGCUCAGAUAACAACCGAGAAACUAAAAAGACUCAAAAGGACCCACUGAUGCAGCUCAUCUCUCUCCAGAAGGCUUCAGGUUGCUGGGAAAUUGGUUCUACACUUGCAGAAGUGUUUGGGCAAACAGAAAAAGAGCUGAUCGAGAAGAUUCCUGCACAGGUGAAGCCAGAUGUCUGGGCUACACUUCUGGCUCUUAUUUGGUUGCACGGCAUAAAGAUCAAUGCACAGGUUGAGUGGCAGUUUUUGGCAGCGAAGGCAGUGUCAUGGAUCCGCAGUCAGAAAGUGGUCAACCAGUCAGAGUGUAUACAGGCAGGAAACUCUUUGCUGGGCUGUCAAGUUACAAAAGAUGCUCUUGGCCUCUGAACUCUUUCAUCCUGCAGGAGCCACGAGAAAGUCUUAUUCUUUUAAAAAAAAAAAAGAAGAAAUAAAAGCUUUCAUUAGCCCGAUUAUCUCUAUAAAUGUAUUGCAAUAGCAAGGCAGGUUUUAUUGUUUUUUCUAUAGACUGAAUUCAUUUGGAUUUGAGAUCAAAAAAAUGUAUGACACAAUAGAUCAGAAUUACAGCUUUAAAUCCCUGAUAUGUCCAUUUACAUCUAGCUUAGAUCAUGCCAAUUAGUUAAUAGCACUGAAUAUCUACUCUUGCUUUGAAAACCAGAGAGCUGUCAAUGGGAGAAAAGAAAACUUUUUGGAAUCUGAGAAUAGAGAGAAAUGGAUCAGAGCCAUUGCACUAGCGUUGGGCAUAGCAAAUAAAACAAUUUGGAAUGUCCUGAAAAAGUAACCACUGGUUUUUAAAAGAGUUAUGAUGAAAAACCCAAAUAUGACAGUCAGUGAUGUCAGUUCACGGGGCAGGUGUGAAUGUAUACCACAAGAUCUAAACAUCUUAUAAGCAGUAAGGAUCAGAAGGUCAGAUUGAAAUUCAAAAAGAAGUAAAGAGAUAAGUCAAGUUCUCAUGCAAUUAUUGCAAAUAAGGGCUAUGUAACCAAAUAUUAAGUGUUAUUUACUUUCGUUAUUUAAAGACAGUUUUUGACCUGUUAUUAUACUUUUUCUCACAUAAUUGGAUGGUCUGCCACCAAAGGUGUUGUGUUAUUGAGUUUAACACAUCUAGAUGUAAAUGUCAUUAAAUAAAUGCUGAAAUUCUGAUCUAUUUUCUUAUCAUUAUUCCUUAAUAACAAAAGCAAGAAUACAAAAAAAACGAGAGAAUUUGCCUUACUGUACAGAACUUUUGAAUAUCUUUGCACAGAUUUGUUUGUCAAUUGCAAAGAAUUUAGUUAAAAUACAACAGUGACAUUAUGUUCAUAAAACUUAUAUACCUGAACUAUACAUAUAAACCUGAACUAUAGUUUCGUUUAGUUCAGGUUUUAGUUUGUUGAUGUUAUCCAACAAUUUCCAGAAGUAUAAAAUUUAAAAUAAUAGUUAAUGACAACAACAAUAUUGAAGUGAUGGAUUGAGGAGAAAGAGGGCUGAGCUUUUACUAUAUACUUUACUUUUAUUAUAUCUGCUAGCUAAAAUACUGUAUGUUUGCUUUACUUAAAUCUUACUUUUUAAGAGCUUAUUGUGAGAAAUCAUACAUUCUGUUAAUUGGUAAUCAUCUUAAUAAAACUUAUCUGUGCA